AUGGCAUCUUCUGAUGAAGAGGGUGAGAUCGUCCCAAAUUGUGUGUCAAAUUACCACCUUGUUGAUUAUAAAGAAGAACCCAUUUCAUUUUCCUCUUUACCACUGCAAUGGAGUGAGGAUGAGGCCACAGAUGGCAUGAAUACACAUUUAUUCUUACGUGGGAAUGAAAAUGGUGGGUGCCAGCAAAUAUAUAAGAAGGUCAUAGCAUGGAAGAUCGAACUUUCUUAUGCCCUGCCUGAGAUUUAUGUGCUUUCCAAGGAUAAAACCUGGAUAAAGCUCCAAAGGCCUAGGAAAAGCUUUGAAUGUAUUAUCAGGACAAUUCUGAUCACGGUUCACUGCCUUCAUUUUGUUAAAAAGAAUCAAAAGGCAUCUGGAGACGAAUUAUGGAAACAUUUGCUGAAAACUUUCAGUUCAUACGAGGUUGGACCUUCUGAGAAUGAUCUAUUAGAACACAUUCGAUUAAUUGGUGAAGCUGCAGGAAGGGAUGAAGACAUAGCAAAAUCUGAGAUUCAAUCCUUCACUUUGAGGAAGAGUAAUUGCCUUGUGUUGCAGGAGAAUCGAACAUCAAAGAAAUCUAAGUUUAUAGUUGAUGUGGAUGAGGAUUAUAGUGGUGGUGGUGGUGGUGAGGAUGAUGAUGAAUGUGAUAACAAUGCAGAUGAGCUAUUUGAUUCUGUUUGUGCACUUUGUGACAAUGGCGGUAACAUUAUAUGUGCACACAGCACAGCAGAAGGACAAAUCAUGCUUGAAUCAAUUGAAGAGCUCGGACAAGCAGUUCAACCUGAAUCAAUAACUGGAUCAGCCAUGAGCAUAAGCAAGCUAACGCAGGAGUUGUCCCAAUCUGGUAGCUUCGACUCAUUCCGUGAGAAUCCAUUUGUUGAGGCAAAAAGUGACGUUGGUGAUAUUGCCAUCUCCAAAUAUUUUUUGAGAUUAAGUCGUGUGGUUGCAAUCCUGAAAUCACAGGAUGCAUGGCGAUUCUGUGAAGGGAGGUGCAUGAGGUCUUUCCAUACAACGAAAGUAGCUGGAGCUGAAUCUUUUUGUGAAUCUCUUGGCUAUACUGAUGCUCAAGUUGAGGUCUUCCCUUGUGUUACGGCAACUUGUGGCCAUUUCUAUCAUCCAACAUGUGUUGCAAAACUGCUUCAUCCAUGGGAUGAAAUUCAAGCUGAAGUCCUCCAGAAGAAAAUUGCUGCAGGAGAAUCGUUCACUUGUCCUGCUCACAAAUGUUUUCUUUGUAAGCAAGUAGAAGAUAAAAAGGUCCAUGAUCUGCAAUUUGCAAUGUGUAGACGCUGUCCAAAGGCAUAUCACAGGAAAUGCUUACCCAGGGACCAUAAAAUCAUUCCUGAAAUUGGGACACCCAGAAGAGAUCAUGUUCGAUUUCCUGAAGGUAAUGGAAAAAACAAGCAAUACACUUCAAGGCUGCUACCAAGCAAAGCAAGGAUGGUGGCAGAAAAGAGAAGUUUGGUUUAUGGUGAUCUUACAGAAAGACCUGCGGUAAAGGUCCAAACCAAAGUUGACAGGAUGUAUGCUGCUGCUAAAGGUGGUGAUUCUACCAAAAGAAGUGAGAAAGAAUUUUCCAGAGCAGCUUCUGAACCACAAGUUUAUGGUGUAAUCAGAAAUUCUCUGAAGGAGAAUAUAACAUCUGUCUUGACGGAAGUGUAUAAGUCUUCUACAGUGGACAAAGGCAAGUCAUCUAUCAGCAGUGAUCAGUCACACUUACUGCUGAGUAAGCGAUUGAAUCUGAUUAAAUCUAAGCAGCCAAAUAGUCUUAGCUGUAAAACCAAAAACAUACUAGUAGCUAAGCCUCAAAUGAAGAAAGCAAGCUGCCAGCCUUUAGUAGAUGUUGAAAUGGAAAAACGUGUAGCGACAUUAAUGAAAAAUGCCACAUCCUCUUUUAAUUUGGAAGAAUUCAUAAAGAAGCAGAAAAGGCCAUCUACUCAUGGAUGCUCGAAAUUUGUAGUAGACAAGACCAUCACUAUGGGAAAGGUGGAGGGUUCUGUGAAGGCUGUUCGAGCAGCCUUGAAGAAAUUAGAAGAAGGAUGUACAAUUGAGGAUGCGAAAGCUGUUUGUGAACCAGAAAUUCUAAAGCAGAUUAUCAGAUGGAAGACGAAGCUUGGGGUGUAUCUUGCCCCUUUUCUCCAUGGCAUGCGCUAUACAUCUUUUGGUCGCCACUUUACAAAAAUGGACAAACUUAUGGAGAGGGCUUCAUAA